AAAAUGGCGACUUCCAUAGAAGAUACUUUUGUCAAAAAAUGAACAUAUGAAAGAAAAAGGCUUUAAAAUGUCGAAAGAUUUUGUUGAAAGUAUUUCUGCCUCCCUUGUUAGGGAAUAUUUAAACAGGAAGGGCCUGAAGACAACUCUGCAAGUUCUAGAUGAAGAGCUGCCACGAUCUGAUGACAGCAUCAGCAAUCGACAACAACUGGUCAAGGAACUCCAUAUCGAGAAAAUCAUGAAGAAAAAUAAGGAGCAGGUGGAUCCCCUGAAGGCCAUGCUAGAAGUGAUAACCCAGUACCUCGUACAGAACAAAUCUUCGCUGCGGAACGGUGAGGUAACGGACGAGGGGAGGGGCUCUGUUAGCUCAGCAACCAGACAGGCUAGCAACCAGAGAACUGGCCUGCGAUCUGCCCAGUCUUCCAAGACACAGUAUCCAACAAGGGAGGACACAGACCUGAGAUUUGAUGGUUUCCCAGUCAGCCAGCAAAAUGAUGACGAUGACCUAUUAACGCCUGACCCAAAAUUCACUUACCCCCUCCAGAGGCCGAAACCUCGCAGCAACCCCGCAGCUAUGGCGAAGAAACCUGAGUCAAAGAUGCUAAAAAAGGGCAGCAACUCUGACAUGGUUAUAGAGGACAGUACUGAGGGGGAGACAAUCCUUGGGGAUGGUAGAGCUGGAGUUUUGUCCCUUGAGGAGGAAGAAGACCAGCUACCUUCACGACAGGUCCAAACAAGACAAAGGAGUGCCAACAAGGCUCGAUCUGUUGGGCUCGGGAUGUCCGGACCAAUAACUAGUACUGAGGAUUCUGGCAGAAGAAAAUUUAACAAACCUAGGCCUAUGUCUGCCAGUAAAAAUCAAAGACUUAAUAUAUUUGACAACGAUUCACCAAAAAUAACUAGUCUAGACUCCCUAAAUAAUCAAAGUGCCAAAACGACGCCAAAGCCAACGGUUAUCAACUCUAAACCUCUGACGGGCAAUAACUCAAGUUCAAAACUAAAUAGCUCAGGUUUAAAAUCAUACGGUGUAGAAAGUGGUUCAGGGGUUAAAGAGAUAGAAACAUUAAUAUCAGGAGAUAGGAAAAAGUCAAUACAAGAUAUUUUAGACAUUGAAAAAGAGCCAAGGGUCUCGACAGCGACUAAACGACAGUCGUCCGUGGAAAAAGAGACCCAGCAUUACAGUGUGGAUAAAUCUAGUAUAGCGGCUAAGGGGAAGAAAUCCGGAUUAGGCAGCCAAAUAUCCUCCGGUUCAAGUCACAAGGUCGGUGAUGUUGAGAUGGGAGAAAUAGAUAACAUUGAUGAUGACCUGGCUGACCUUGACCUUGCCCCCAGGGUCACCUCAGCCAAGGUCAACAAAAACCAACACAACUCCAAACCCAUUGAUGUGAAAACUGCUGUGGCCUUGAAGACCCUGAUAUUUGGCACACCAAUGACUAGUUUCAAUGAUGAAUGGCGCUACCAGAGUUUUAGUUUCUGUGAUAUGCCCAAACUCAAGUAUGGAAUCGUCCAGAAAAAGGGGGGUGCAUGUGGAGUAUUGGCCAGUGUCCAGGCUUGUGUCAUUCAGGAACUCCUCUUUGGGGAGAAGAAAAUUCCCAUCCAGAGAUUCAAUGAACCGUCAUAUCAGGAGAGAACAGAGGCUUUAGCACUGGCUCUGGCUCGAAUAUUUUGGAGAGCGGGCGAGAAACGGAAAGCUGUUGUCUGUCUUCCAUCUAGUCGUCCUGUUGUGGGGAGCGGGGGGAAGUUUCGGGCAGACGAGUUUAUAGAAACUCUGACCCUGUACACAUUUGUGGAUUUAAAUGAUCUCAUUGCGUUCAUGAAGCAAGCUGUCAGCCAGUUUGAGCUGGAUGGGCAGGGUGGUGUAAUGGCUUCCCUCUACUCCGCCAUUCUGUCGCGCCGGGUGGAAGGUGUAAAAGAGGAUAUGGAUGUGCCGACAAACAAGCUGAUGGGAGCUCAUGGCUACUGCACUCAGGAAAUGGUUAACCUGUACCUGUCGGGGCGAGCGGUGUCGAAUGUGUUCAACGAUGUGAUAGAGCUGGACUCGGGGGAUGGAAAUAUCACCAUACUGAAGGGGCUUGUGUCCAGGUGUGAUGUCGGCCUUCUCUCACUGUUCGAGCAUUAUAAGUCAUGUCAGGUAGGGACCUAUUUGAAGACCCCACGUUAUCCGAUCUGGGUUGUGUGUAGCGAGAGUCACUUCAGCGUGUUGUUCUGUAUCAAGAAGGAGCUCACCAGUGAUUGGAAAGCAGAGAAAAGGUUUGAACUUUACUACUACGAUGGAUUGGCCAGGCAGCAGGAAGAAAUCAAACUGACUGUUGACACAAACAACCGGUUUUUCACCCCUCCUUCUGAAGAGGAGCUGGUUCCUCCUAUAGACCACUGUAUACGAACAAAGUGGGAGGGAGCAGAGGUUGACUGGAACGGUACAGAGCCUCUUUUGUGAUCCCAGUUUGAACAUAGUGAGAGGACAUUCCGUUAAAUUGGAGAGAUAGUUCUUAAAAUUCACGAUAACUUGUUAGUUAUUCUCGCUUGAUUUGGGGAGUUGGGUUUGGGCAGGAGUCUACUGGAACGGCACAGAGCCAGAGUCAAAAGAAUCCAGCUAGAACAUGUUGGAAGAGCAUUGUGUCCACGCAGAUCGUUUAAUAUGUUUCUAAUGGUCAAGUUGUGAUCCUUGCUAGAAGAUAACGGAAGAAUGGAUUGACGUAUAUCGGACAUUUGGGCUUUAAGUCCAGCUUUAUGGUAGUGGUAGGUAAUGUGUCAAACAUUUAUCUGACGGUAGGGAUAUUAGGGCUAUUUUAUCAACAAGAUUAGAAUAAAGCCUUGUUAGAACAAAUGUUUUAAUUGAAUAAUAUUCAGCUAGUGUCACAGAUUGGAUAAUUUUACUUGCAAGAACAAAUUUUAAAAAAAAACUAAAGUAACCAAAAAUAGUUAUUAGUUGUGGAAAAAGAUAUAGAAAUAUCUAGGAGUAAGAUGUUUAUUAUUCGUCCAAUUCGAUUUAGAUUAUACAUCAGUUGAUAUGAUUGCCCCUGAUAACUUUUUUAUUACUGGAUGAUGACUGGUUAGCUUCUUUUGAGGAUAGUGUUUAUUCUUUUAUUGAACAGGUUUAGGGUUAAUUGUGAUAUUGUUACAUGCUUUAUUUAGAAUCUGCACAAUGCUGUUGGAUCAAAGCAAAUAGCCAAUUCCUGGACUGAGUCUUGUUAAUUUGUUAUCCAUACAGAGUUUAAUGCUAUUAUAUAUUCUUAGAGUUAUUACGAUAGUAUAUCUGAUAAAUAUCAAGGUUUUGAAACUUGGUCAAUUUGUAUCAAAUUGAUGGAAAUAACACACAUGUAUUACAAUCUGCCAUAAAUUACAUGGCUAUUAGCCUAUUAGAUUUCAUGAGAAUUGUUUAAAAUUGAUUGAAACUGUUUUAAAGCACUUUAUUGCUGAUUUCAGCCAUGUGAAAUGCACAUCAGUCUAAUCCAUUGUAACAUUUUGUAUUAUACAUAUCAAUUGUGAUAGAUUUUUGACUUACAAGUAUAUUUUUGUAAGUCUGCUCAGCAGGUCAAUGUGUACUUGAUAAUAAAGAUGUUUUGUCGCUUAUUUACUUUUGACAUUAUGAUUCAUGUUAUUCCAUCAAAAAUAGGUGUUCACUUUAAUAAGCUGUUCUCUUUAAAUAAAAAACAGCUUACUGCUUACCUUUCAUUGAUUAAACUGCCGACUCGAAUUUCUCCAAAAUUCUUAAGCAUAUUAAUCUGAAGUAGCUCAUUUCCUUAAGCCAUAUUUCAUACUUAAUCUAGAUUUUACUAAAUAAAAAAUGGUUUAAUAAUGUUAUUAUCAAAAAGAUAAUUUCCUUUUAAAUUAUAAAAACUCUUUAGAAUGUUGUAAAUCCAAAACAAAUACCAAAACAAAAAUUUCGAGCUUUGUUUAAUACUGUUAAAAGGAACUCGAGAUGUUUUAGAAAUUGGGGUCACUGGUCACUCAUAUAAACACUAACAGUGGACAUCCCAUGAAGGAACACCAUAACCCUCAAGUCAGCUGUCUUGUCGGGACACAAUCAGUAAUAAGUAGAAAGUUUGAUAGGAACCAAAAUACAUGUUAAAUUCAAGCAGAAGACAUUUCAAAAGUGAUCAAAAUAUUUUAUUAACAAAAUUUAGCGCAGGAGGCUAAACAGAUAACUGACUUCAGAAUUGGACUCUUAAUUUUAACUUAUGUUGUCCAUUCCGGAUCUCUUGGAAAUUUAGUUAGUGUCGACCCCUUACCACAUCUAAGUAAUUACGUGUACUUCAAUGAUACUGAUAAAAUCUGAUCAUAUAAAAUUAUUAUCCUUCAUUAUUCCAUAUCUCUAAUAGCAUAUAUCCGUGUAUAUAUUUGAAUCUCAGAGAGUGCCAAGAUUUGCCAUGUUCAGUUUCUGUGUUCAAAGAAAAAAAAGUUGAGGUAUUGUGAAAGCCUUGAUGUCCCAGGUGUUUGAGGGGGCACUGUGCAUAGACCUUGGCCAUAAUUAUUUUUUUUAAAGAUAUUUGCAUCAAACAUGGUAAUUGCUUAAGUGAGGCUUGGAGAUGUCAGUCGUUAAAGAUAAUUGUAUUAAAAGCAGGUUGCAAGAAAUUUGUGGAUUGUAAAUGUUGGUCCUAUUAAAAAGUUUUAUAUCUGUGUCUCCUGCAAAGAUAAACACUUGUUACGUAGGGAUUGCUUCGUUCAUCAUUGUCCAAAACACACUUUUGUUUCGGAUAAAAAACUUUGAACAACUUUGUGUAGUCUUUAAUUAAAACUUGGUAUGCACGAUUGUUCAAUGCAUGGGCGAUCCAGAAAGACAACACUCCAUCUGAUUUGUGUAAUUCUAGUUAUCUAGCGAAGUAUUACACCUCACAAGAAGGCUUUCAGAAUUAUUUGGAGAUAUAUUCGAAAGUUGUCCCUAGUUUCAAUCUACAUUUUGUUAUCAUCUCUUUCAAUUACAUAACAUAGAUAAUUUUAAUUCUCGUAAUUUCAUGGCUAUGUUCGCAGGAUGUCACAUUUCCAUCUGUAUUUGUUUUUAUUUGUGCUUUAUUACAUAUGUGAUACUAAUUAUACAUUUGUUUGUUGUUCAUUUAUAUAAUUUUAUGUAUCAAUUGGUGUUUUUACCGUUAAAGGAUUUACAGGUUUAUAUAGGUUUAGGAUUUGUGACUGUCAGUAUGUGUAUACUAUGUGAUAAAUUUCGUCACAAAUGCUUUGUUAGAAGGCAACAUUAUGCUUCGAAUGAUGGCUUAAAACCAAGGUAACUCUUUUUCUUCAUCAUUUUAAAUUAAACAAAGGGCAGUCUAUGCCGCUUAAAUAGCCCUGCUUUCGUUUUAUUACCAGUUCAAUUAGGUGAUUAGUUUCCUCAAACACUUUGACAAACCUCUAUCCAAAAUAAUGUUACGUCAGUGCUACAUCAGGCGGCGGAUUUGUGACAAGAUUUGUCAGUGUGUUUUUAGAAACUAAACUCUCAUUCAACUCCAGUAAAAUACAAAUGGCAGGGCUUUGUAAGCGGAUGAUAGACUGUGCCAUGUUUCAUAGGAUGAAUAAAUAGUAAAUAAUCUUUGUUUAAAGUCUUCAUUUGAAGCGAAAUAUUGCCUUCCGAGUUUGCAUUUAUGACGUAAUUUAUCACACACAGGCCUUCCAGCAGCCACUAACAAAAAAGCAGGAAAAAAGUAGGAGGUUUUCUGACAGAAAAGAAGGAAAUAGUAGGAAUAUUUUUUACAAAAAAGUAGGAAAAGAAGGAAUAUUUUUGGUUAAAUAUGUAAUAACUAAUGGUUAUUAACUUACCUAGAGGAGAUGUUUUUAAUGCAAAAUCAUACCAUUCUAUAUGCCACAUUGAAUAUUUUAGUGAAUGAUGCUUGGUCGGUUUCUGUUGCUGAACUGUGUGGUCAUCAUCCCUCAGCCUUUAUUAUGAAAUAUGAUGCAUGUCAAAGUGGAACAUGUUGCCACACCUUUCAACAACAGAAACCAGCCAGUUUGACAAUUUUUGUUCAUUUUCCGCAAAUAAAACUAGCACAAUGAUCAAACUUUAAUAUCUUUGCGAACUUUAUUUUCAAAAAAGUAGGAAUGGUAGUUUUUUAGAAAAAAGUAGGAAGCUGUUAAAAAGUAGGAAAAAGUAGGAACGCUGGAAGGCUUGCACACAGUAUACACACACUUGACUUACUGUGGGGCCAUCUUACCAAAGAUGGAGGAAAAAUAUUGUCCCAUCAAGAAUUUUGAUUUGAUAUUAAGGUAUCAUCACAAUUAUAACAGAAAGUUUUACUUGCAAACAAUUACUACUCAGUGAUAUGGAGUUGAAAAAAAGUGAACGUAUGAUUACAAUCGUUGAUAAUAUGGUCCCCAUGUGUACAAACACAGCAAAGGUAUAUGAACUUUCUGUCUCAAAGAAUAGCUACCGGGUAGGAUGUAGAAUGUUGAAUUAUAUUAUUGAGUGAUAUUUAUUUGUCAGUCAUAGUAUAUUUAUUUCAUUGAUAGAAAUGAUAAA